AAUGCAUAAAUAAAAAAAUUAUGAAUUAUGCAGCUUGUCACUAAAAUGAAUCUCUGUUUAAUAGAAUAAAUAACUUUCGAAAAGGUCAACUUAUAAUUAUAAUUGUACGUCAGCUUUAAAAACUUUUUGGGUAACAAAUUGGAGUAUAAUGCAGUAUUUUCUUUUUUCCGAAACGCAGUUUAGAGAGUCCCGUUAUUUGGAGCUUAGACAGAAAAGCACUAUAGCAAAUCGAGUAGCGAGUGAUAAUACGCCAUUUAAUCAUGGGCGUGCAAGGUUUACUACCCUAUGUUAAAACUGCACGCGAUCUUGUUGCGGAUACAAUAGAUUUGUUAGAAGAAUCAAAAAAGGAAGAUGAUGGCAUAGAAAUUCUAUGUGACUUUUACGCCUUCGAGCACUUCAUUCUAGAUAACUUUUAUAAGGCUAUCGUCAAAGAGUCGGGCCAUCGUUUCGUUCGGCAUCUGGGAGGAGAGUACAAAAGUCUUGCAAAAUAUGUUGAAACCUUUAUCACGCAUUUAAGAAAUGCUCAAAUUAGAUUAGUUAUGUAUGUAGAUGCCACUCAAGGUGUUGAUAAAACAACAACAGAGCUUAAGUUCGGCACAUGGAAACAGAGACAUUAUCAGGGAAUAGUGACUAUGAAUAAAAUCUUAGAAUGUAUUGCGGGUAUGCAAAAUAUAUAUGAUCUAGCAGACGAGGAUAAAAUACGACCUGUGUGCCUCGAAAUUCAAAUUCAAGAAACUUUACGUGAAAAUGAGAUUGAAUUUAUUUAUGUAAUUGAUAAUGAGACGAAUGAGCUAAUUGCUCUUGAUCUGCAAAACAGGCCAAAAGCUUUUGCAGUAUUGAGCAAUGACAGUGACUUUUGUAUAUUCAAAAAUUGCAAGUUUAUUCCAUUUGAAUUCUUCGACUUGGAUCACGAUAUGGAAAUGGGAUAUUCUCCAUUACCUUGUAAGCCUUUAAAGCUGAAUUGUGGUAUUGUAUCAGCCAGUAAAUUAGCAAAGUGUUUACAGUUACAACAAGUUGAUCAUCUUAUGUUUCUUGCCAUGAUAUUACCUAGUAAUUUUAUGGGAGCUCAUCACGCUAUAAUAAAAAAAGUCUUAACAUUACCAGAAAACUGUUCACUUUUACAAGCUGCAGCUCACAUAAGAUUCUAUGGAAAUCCAUUAGGAAAUAAAUCCGUUUUGACAAAAUUAAAUGAAGAUUCUGAAUUAAAGCAAGGAGUGGAAAGAACUAUUAAAUUCUUUUCUCUUACUUUGCACGAAUCUAAAAACGAUUCUAAAUCGAAUGGUGCAAGUGAAGAAGAUACGAAAGAAUCAGAAGAUUCAGAAAGACCCGAUGAAAUUGAUAUGAUCCUUUGUGAACGUGUUUCGAUGGGUCAAAUCGAUUCAAAUCUUUUAGCUAUACAUAGAGGAUAUUUUUGGUAUCGAUUAAUGUUAGAGGACAAUAGUAAAGGAAGUCCAGUUUGCGAAGAAGCACUAUCCUGCCUAAGGCAGGUUUUAUAUAAUUUCGUCCUACCCGACGAUGCAACUAGGGUAAAAGAAUUCGGAAGGGCACCUUUCGACUUGUUUCAAAUGAGAUUGCGUUCAAAAGCCGCAGUAACUGCAACAAUAGAAACAAUACCGACAGUUAAUGAAAUAAAAUUGGUUCAAAUAUUUAAAAACCUAAAAUAUUUUCACAUUCUCAUGAGCUUUGAUGAAAAGAAAGAAGGAGAUUCCCCCGCCAAUUAUUUCGAUAAGUAUGGAAGAAAAUUUGGAUUUUUGUGCUAUAUUUUAAGAUUCUUCCUUCUAUUGAAUUAUCAGCGUAAUCUAUCAAUAUCAUUAGAAGAAUUUCUUGCUUGUGCCGCUAUGGUUCUUCAUGCACCUCAAAUGGAUGAAACAAAAUUUCGUUCAUACAGAAUUGUUCCAAGUGUGCGAUCAGUUACAGUAGGAACUUGGUUUCAGGCUGUUUACCGAUACGCUUAUAGAUUUAUUGCUAAAACAUUGUUCUUGGAAAAAGAAUUUCCGUCUCCUAGUCAAUUUUUUUCGGGCUCAGUAUUUGUGGCAUUAUAUGGUUGCGCAACCAGUCACGCUACACCUCUUUUAAAGCAUCUUUCUCCGGAAGAUAGGCAUACUGUCUCAUUAGCUUUCAAACAAACUCUUCUAUCUAAACAAGAAAUGAUACAGUUUGUUUGCCGUAAUAUAAUGCACAUUGAAGAGUGGGUCUGGAGGGAUAUAGCAGCAUUCUAAUUAAACUUAUUUUUGUUAAAACUUGUUCCCUUUUUUUACUGGACUUUUUUAUCUUGUUGUUUCUUAAAACAAAUUUUGUGUUUGAUACGUACAGCAAAGAUUUUGUGAUAAAUCAGAGUAUUAUUGAGUAAUUAAUUUGUGUAACUGUUAUUUGUUUUGUUACACUUGAACACAAAUAAACUAGUUUGUUAACAUGUUAGAGAAAACUGGUACCAGUCA